UUCUACGAGAUGAGGAACUGCAUGCUAUUGAAACUACACUUGUGGAUCACUUUAGUUACAAGUCAAAUAGUCGAUAGAAGCAGUGUCGGUCCAAGAGGGAACUUUACAGUAAGGUGCGACAUACAGAAGUUUCAACCAGAAGACUAUCCCGUAUACGCCUAUGUCAAUGCGCUGGCUAUAGAGAGAAGGUCAGCAGGGGAGGAUAACUUCUCACUGAUGGCCAAGUUUAAUCCGUUCGUUCUCGUGAAUGACCACAAGAGACUUACGAAUGUACCACCUUCGCGCCAGUGGGAUAUUAAGUUCCUGGGCGGCGAGUCUGACGACAAUAGAGACAGCAUCGCAAUAGUCAUCAUCGUGAAGGACGCCAGUUACAGAGACGCGGGUCUGUACAGGUGCUUCUACAUCGACCACCUAAACAGAAAAAAGUACACCGAUCCCUUCUUUUUGAGACCUAAAGAUCAGGGUAGAAUAGUGAGCAAGGGAACUAUUGCUCACGGAGACGAAUUAACGGUGCAAUGUGACAUGCAAAAAUUCGAAAAGAAAAACCCUCCAACGGGGACUUUUUUCAAUGAAUUGUUAGCAGAGAGAAAAACUGAUGGAGACGCUUAUUACAUUGCCCUGGCCCGAUAUCGACCACUUCAGGAUGGCCCUGACAAAAGAGAAUCGAACAUUCCAAACGGACGCCCAUGGGAGAUACACUUUGUCAGCGGCGACACCGACAACUAUAAGGAUUAUUCUAUUAUUAUUUACUUAGAGCACGUGACCUUAUUCGACGCUGGACGCUAUAGGUGUACCUACCUUGGGAACGGGGAUGACCGGUUAGUCAACAGUGAUCCGUUCACUGUCCUCAUGAAACCUACACAAGAAAGUAAGAUAGUAAAUAAAGAAAGUGUUGGUCAGAAUGAAACGUUCACUGUCACUUGUGACAUUAAAAAAUUCAGGGAAACCGACUCUCCAGACAAUAAUUCUAUCAUCACAAUGGCAGCAGAGAGAAAGCUGACAGGGGAGGAUAACUAUUUAUUUAUGGCCAGAUUCACACCCUCUGCUGCUGCGGAGGAAAAUAAAAGAAUGAAAAACGAACCAGCUGGACGUCAGUGGGAUGUAACUUUCUCUGGCUCUGAAACAGAAUACAACGGAGAUACCAUUAAGAUAGUAAUAGAUGUGGUAGAUGGGAGUUCCGCAGACGUGGGUCUAUACAGAUGCUCUUAUACUGACGCCGAAGCUGCACUGCACUACUCAGACUCUGUCUACUUGAGGUCUAACGAUACACUUGAAAAUCAAAUCGUCAACAAGAAUAGCGUCGGGGAGAACGAUAUGCUCGUCAUCGUCUGCGACAUUCAAAAGUUUCAACCAGAAGACUAUCCGGACUUUGCCUACGUCAACGCCUUGUCCGCUGAGUGGAAGCCUGUAGGGCAGGACUACUUCUUAGAAAUAGCCGUGUUCUCUCCCUUCGGUCACGACGAGUCGACGAAAUAUGUCACGAAUAUACCAGCGGGACGAAAUUGGAGUGUAGACUAUAUAGGUGCUAAUAACGACUUUAACAGAGAUAGUAUCAAGAUCGUGAUUGUCAAGGAAGACGCGGACUACAGCGACGCUGGCAUGUACAGAUGCAAUUAUAAGAACUACAAAAACACAUUUUAUUCAGAGACUCAACGACUUCUAGUAAAACCUAAUAAGCCGCGUCUUAACCUUGACAUUGUCAAACAUGUCAACAACUUCACCGUCGAGUGUGAAAUCAGGAGGUUCAGUCAGAAGAGCGACUUCCUUGGCAACCAUGCGGGAAUUGAAAGAAAGCUAGAGGGCGCCUCUCAGUACAGUGUGAUACGGCUGUUCUCUAUUUAUGGCAACAAAACCACAGAGAGCACAAUGAUAGCCCCACCCGGACGUUCGUGGGGCGGCGGGUCCAAAUAUGGAGACAAUAUCAACAUUUACGUAGAAAUGCGAGAUGUGGAUUGCUAUGAUGCUGGCCUAUAUAGAUGUAUCUCUAUUGAAGACCAAUUAACAGUUUAUUCUGAACCUGUCCAACUUAAAAGUCAAGAAACUUUCCAGCAAGACUCAAUCAAGAUUGUUCUCUCAGUUGGUCUCAGAGCUGCAUCUUUAGAACUACAAGAAAAAACUGAUUUCAAUGUAAACUGCACAUUUCUAGGUCCAACCACGCUAAAGAGUUCAUGGACUUUCAAAGAACGUGGCAUACUAGAUAUGGAUCACAAGCACACCAUUACAGAUCUGCCAACAACGAAAGUACUUGACACUAGAAACUGUCUGGCGACAUUACACACCUCUCAGUUAACGUACCAGUACGAGUCGAAGAAAGACGAAUGGACUUUCGUCUGCUCCGUCUUUGACGAUAAAGGUCGGCUAUUCAAGAGCGCCAUCUUGCCAGUGACGGUACAAAAAAAAGUCACGGACAACAAUAACUUAAGUUUGCCUGUCACAGACAACAAUAAAGAAGGCGUUAAAGAAAAAACCACAGCUUCCUCUGAUUUGCUUUCAAACUACGGCCCGUGGUCUGAGUGGGCCUGCGGACGAAACUGUAAAGACACGAACAUGUAUAGAAAAAGGGAAUGUGACCUAAACAUGGCCUGUCAGGGUCAGAAAGAGGAAAGCCUACCAGCAGACUGCUACACCAAGGGAAUCUGUCCCAGUGAUUGUUAUGUUGGGAGGUGGGGAGUAGGCUGCACGUCCACCUGUCACAACUGCCUCAAGGACUGCGACAAGUUCACCGGCUUCUGUGAUCGCUGCAAGAACGGAUAUUUUGAUCCUCAACUCUCUUGCAAUUCAAGCAAAAUCCAGUUUUUAUCUAAUCCAGUGCCAACGGAAGGAGAAUCUGUCCGUUUUGUUUGUACGGCAGCUGUGUUGGAUGCUGUGCCCAAGGAGACAACUUGUGUCAAUAUGGUUCAAGUCUUCUACUACAACAUAACGUUACGUAACAACUCAGUACUUGCUGUAUAUCAGCGAACGGAUACUAAUAACAUUUUCCAAUUAAAGGACAUGAAUUGGCUUGUAACAACCAGUGGAAUCAAUUACACUGAGAAUGAUAAGUGCAUGAAUCUCUUCACCGCGACCAUCGCCUUGCGCACGUCAAAUGUCCAAGUGAAGGAUAGCGGGUCGUAUAUUUGUUCAAUUCUAACGUCUACCGAGCAAUGGUUGUAUCAAGGCGCAACAUUAAGUGUACAACCUUUGAGCAAAUUAUCCAAGACAUCGUCUUUUGAAAAGACCACCCAAAGGGCGUGGUUUAGGUCAAAGGCUACACGGACCGAGUCCCCCACACUUGAUGUCAUCAAAAUCAUUCUCCUUCUUGUCAUUCGUAUUUAUUUCAUAAAAACAAUGUAGUGAAUGAUAGAGUCAAAUUAAGAUCGUUUAAAUAAAUGUAACUUAAAUAAACCAUACGAUUGUUUCAGCUGUUGAUUUGAAUUUUCUCCCCCUCCACAUUAAAACUAGUCAGCUCCAGAGGUCACAGUAAAUGAACAGCCCCUUAACGUAGUAGACAACUUCACAGAUCUAGGAAUCAUAGUUUCAAAUGACGCAUCGCUUUCAAAGGAAGUUGAUAACCGUCAGGCCAGGGUGUGACUUAUAUGUGUGUGUUGGUCACUAAGAUGUAGAAUUGUGCAUUAAUACCAAUGUGUCGCGAAUUUAGUAGAAUGGGUUCGUUCGUCCUGGAGCUACACUUAACAAGUAACAGACAUAAAUAGUGUUAAUUGACUUGUAUGCAUCUUUAGCAGACAAAUAUCAUUUUUAGUCAAUAAUACUUCAACUUCAUAGUAGUUACACAAAGAUAAUCCAAUAUAGAGUAAUAUGAUUUUUUCCACAUUUCAUUACAUAAAAAAACUUCAGAAUACAAAUAACGUCCGCAUCACAGCGGGAAACAGAAUAACUUCAAUACUAUGUAUCCAGCUCUAAAUACAAAAAGCAACUACUAAAAUACGUGUACUGUCUCUACUAACUUCAAGGGACUACUCUCCACUGAACUUAAGUUACUACUCACUAAAAGUCAGUUUAGUCAUUCUUACUUCCUCUUUCUAUAUCAGAGGUUUCACGUGCCUUUCACCUUCUUGACCUGAGGUGAACAUAUAAAAGGCAAUGUCAAGCAAGACUGUGAAAGGGGAUAGUGCUUUUGCAUUCCUCCAAGCGAGAGUUUGCCGAAAUAAAUCACUCUGCCUAUCUACAAAAAUCAGUGUCUACCAAGCAGUGGUUCUCUCAGUACCUAGGAAUCUUUUUUUAGCAUCUCCAUGUCAUUUCCAUGAUCCUCCUCUCUGGCUCUGUAGCCGGCGUCCGAGACUCGCAAGUAGAUGUGAUGCUUGAUCAUUCGGACUCCUGAUAUUUAUGCUAAAAAUACCGAAAACUGUAUUUAAUCUUCAAUGCCAACCAAACUGCAAAUCAUUGUUUAUAUAAUAAAAUUUCAUUUAAAAAAUUU